AUGGAUUCUGCGUUGAGAGCCCCAGCAACGGUUUUGUUGGCGGCAGGACUGUAUACCAAUUUCUUUGCAUGUGUCGUCGUCUACACCCGAAGAGAUGCCACAGUAAUCCGUCUCUGUGCUGCAAUCACUCUUGCUUUCUUGACGGAAUUUCUCCAUGACUCGGGAAAUCACAUGCUCAGCCCGAUGCAGCAGAGAGUGUUUGGGCCAAUGCUAUGGCACAACUAUCUCAGUCUUGUCGAGCUGCUCCUUUUCUCCCGCGCCGAUAGAUCGGAGCUCGGCGACCCUUCGAACCCUCCACCUAGGCCAGUGGCUGGUGCCUGGCUGAAGGCUCUGGCUCUGAUCUUCAACCCCCGCCGUGUUGGUACCAAAUGGGAGGUCAAGGGUAUACCUAAGCGCUCAAAGCCGCAGGGCGGCCUCAGCUUUGCUUUCCGUAGCGUGCUGAAAGCUCUUCUUGCUUCAACCAUCAUCGACGUUAUGCUUAGACUGCCACCAAAGCCUGAGCCGCAUCUUCUAGAACCCGGGAAAGAAACUCUGUAUGCUUUCUGGACUCUAUCCGCCGAGGACGUUAUGUUCAGAUUCAUGGUUACUCUCAUAUUCACCAUAAUAACAUGCUUAACUGUCAUCUGCAUGUAUUACUUCGCGGCUGCAUUAACUGUGGCAAUCGGUCUCAACGAGCCAGAGUCUUGGCCGCCUAUCUUCGGCUCUCUCAGAAAUGCCUACACGAUUCGCGGGUUGUGGGGCCGGACUUGGCACCAGGUGCUACGAAGAGUGGUUGUUGCGUUUGGAGACUUUACAUCAGACAAUAUUCUGUGUAUUCCUCGCGGCUCCCUUCUUUCUCGCCUCUCACGCCUCUUUUUCCCUUUCUUCAUGAGCGGAACGCUCCAUUAUAUCAUGGAACUCAAGGACGAUGGUCUGGCCCAGGGACGUUUCGGUGUAUUGAUUUUCUUUCUACUGCAGCCGCUAGGUAUCUUGCUUGAGGAAGUUGUUCAGUACACAUGCUCUGGACUAUUCUCGAGGACUAUUCAGCGAACGAUGGGGUACGUCUGGGUUGGGGCUUGGUUCUGGUGGUCAAUGGCAGGGUUCUGUUUUGAGCAGUCAAGAACUGACCCACCUCCUGAUCUCGCUCCUAUCCCAGUUGUUUAUCUGGCCAAGCGUUAUUUCUGA